AUGCUCUCAACCCCUACCCCACCACCCAGCGCCACAAUCCUCUACCCAAAAGAAAUCAUUGACCUCAAAUGCUUCUACGGCUGGCAGAUGGUGGUCAGGGAGCACACGAAGCGUGUGCUACGUGGGAAUCUUGCAGCGGCCAUAAGGCUCGAGCGCAAGUGGGCGGAUCACAUGAUGGCGAACGAGGAAGCGGGCGUGGCUGCUGCGCGCAGGAGGAGGCGGAGAGCAAGGGACGUGGAACGCAUGUUUGAUGAGGAUGAGGGGGAUGAGAGUGCGUAUGGGCCGGCCGGUCUGGUCCCGUUGGGAGGCCGGCGGAGGGCGAGGAGUGGGGGUUGUGUAGUUAUGUGA